CUCCCACAGCUUCUGUCUAUUAAUAAAAGCCCUGUGAGUAUUUGAAGGGAUGAAACAGCUGAGGAAUCAGCAUGACGGGGUUGUGGGAGCUCAUUCCAGCUUGACUGAGCGUCCUUCUCCUUUCUGGACAGAGCUUUGCUCUACUCACUGCUCUGCAGUGGACAGAGCGCACGCAUUCAGCACCUUUACCUUUUAACGCGGAGAAGUAAGAAGAUGACACUAAACAUAGAUCCAAUGGAAGAGCCAAGAAUGUACCAGCAGAGCCUGCUGCAGGACGGACUGUGUGACCUCUUGGAGAAUGAAAAGUUUGUGGACUGUGUGCUGAAGAUCAAAGACAGAGAGUUCCCUUGUCACCGGCUCGUGCUGGCAGCUAGCAGCCCGUACUUCAAGGCCAUGUUCUUGUCGGACCUGGAGGAGAAAAAGAAAAAGGAGAUUGUCCUGGAAGAAGUGGAACCAGGCAUCAUGGGAACGAUUCUCAGAUACAUUUACACGUCGGACAUAAACCUCACGGAGAGCAAUGUCCAGGAUAUCUUCACGGUGGCCAACAUGUUCCAGAUUCCCUCCCUCUUCACAGUUUGCAUCUCCUUCCUCAAGCAGAGGCUGGGCCUUGGCAACUGCCUGGCUGUCUUCCGGCUGGGCCUCCUGCUGGACUGUCCUCAGCUUGCUAUCGACGCCCGUAACUUCAUCUGCGAGCGAUACCAGUUGAUAGUGCGCGAUCAGGACUUCUACCAGCUGGGCCCAAGUGAGCUAGCUGCUAUCAUCACAUGCGAUACCCUCAACGUGGACAAGGAGGAGGUGGUCUUUGAGUCUCUUCUGAAGUGGGUUGCUCAUGACAAGAAAGAGCGGCUUAAGGAUCUCCCCGAGCUUAUCGAGUGCGUUCGCUUCCUCUUGAUGCCCGUUGACUACUUUGCGAACAAGGUGGAGAAGCACGAAUGGAUAAGGUCGAACCCGGAGAUCGGCAAAAAGUUACUGCUGGUGAAGGACGCACAACAAGGAAAGCUUCCUGAAGUCAAGAGCUCCAGGAAGAAGACAUCCAAGGGAGAGGAUGAAAAGGAAGGCCUACUCCCAGGGAUACUCAACAACAACCCCCGCUUUGGCAUGUUCCUCAAGGAUUUCAUGCUGAUGAUCAGUGAAACAGGAGCCGUCGCCUACGAGCCGGUCGAGAACGAAUGCUACGUUGCCUCUACAUCUACAGAGGUACCGAAGAACCACUGCAGCCUGCUGACCAAGGAGAAUCAGAUCUUUGUGGUCGGUGGCCUUUUCUACAAUGAAGAGAACAAGGAGGAGUCGCUCAAUUCCUACUUCUUGCAGUUUGACCCUGUGAGUUCAGAAUGGCUGGGUAUGCCUCCACUCCCAUCUCCGCGCUGCCUCUUCGGCCUGGCUGAGACAGAGAACUCCAUCUUCGUUGUUGCCGGCAAAGAGCUGAAGGAGGGAGAGAAAGUCCUGGACUCAGUGAUGAUCUACGACAGGCAGUCUUUCAAAUGGGGGGAGUCAGACCCCCUUCCCUACUCAGUGUAUGGCCACGGGACAGUGUCUCACGAUGGGCUCGUCUACGUCAUCGGAGGGAAAGGAGAAGGCAGGAAGUGCACAAAGAGGGUGUGUGUCUACAAUCCGUUGAAGUUCGAGUGGAAGGACCUGGCCCCUCUGAAGAUCGCCCGCUCCUUGUUUGGCGUGGCCGUCCACCAGGGAAAGAUCUACGUGGCGGCAGGAGUGACGGACACAGGGCUCACGAGCACCGUGGAGGUCUAUGACAUCGCCGGCAACAAGUGGUCCGAGUUUACGGAGUUCCCGCAGGAGCGCAGCUCCCUGAACCUCAUCUCCUUAAGCGGCUCCCUCUACGCAGUUGGGGGCUUCGCCAUGAUGCCGGACGAAACCAGCGAGGAGUCCAGACCUUCUGAGAUGAACGACGUCUGGAAGUACGAGGAGGAUGAAAAGAGUUGGAAUGGAGUCCUGAGGGAGAUUCAGUACGCGUCAGGCUCAAGCAUCCUGGGAGUCCGUCUCAACGCCCUGCGUCUCGUCAAGAUGUAGCUCGGCGCAGCGCCUCCUGCUGGAGCCUCGAGGAAAUGACAGCGGUGUUAAAAUGAGGCAGUUACCGAGAGGAGGCGGCAUCAUUCCAUCGAACACCAUCCCCAGCACUCUGCCGGCAGCGGGGUCCGCCCUUAGGGUCUCUGCGGCGGGACGCCGGACUGUCUUGAUGCUUCUCCAAGCCCGGCCACCUCCGAUGGACUAAUUUAGCGAACCGCACGGUCAUUUCUCUCUUCUGGCCCUCGUCUGCAGUAUGCGACGGACUUCCUGAGUUGCACGCAACAGACGAGGCUUUCUUAGCCUACGGAGACUUUGCUCUUGUGAUUUUGUCUUCCUGAGCUGCACAUCUACAGCAUGUGUGGCGUUGGCAUCAGGUGAGAAACUGUACUGAAUUAACCAAGAGAUUAUGAGAGAAAAUGUAGCGGUGACAUAAGCACUGGCAUUAUUGGAGAAGCAGACACGUAAGUAUGACGACCGCAAUGAAUGCUGCUGGAUAAACAUUAUUAUUAUUUUACUGUGAUAUUUUCUCUCCAGUAGAAUUUACAUUUUCAUCCCAGGCAUAUUUUCCACAAAAUGAAAUGAGGAGUCCCUGUAGAAACAUUACAGCAAUAUUUUACCCCUCUUGCAUUUGUGUGUCCUUUGCAUCAUGCAACACUAUUGCACACGGAGACAGUUUUGUAAUUAUUACAAUUACAAAUGAUUAUUAUUAGGCCGAGUGCAGAGAGGUGCAGUUCCCAUAGUGCGACACUAGAGGCAGCACUGACCCGUCGCUGACGCUCCACCCUUCUGUACACGUGACGCCAACACCUCCAUCUGACCUUGAAUGCAUCUCAACCUGAAUUUCACUCUGGUUUAAAACCUCCCCCGAAACAUCUCAUUUUGUUCUUUGCCCACAACGUCCAUAUUCUAUUGCAUAAAAUGCAUUAUUUUCAGAGUUAAUGAGUUCAGCACCAGCAGUAAACAAGGUAUUGACAAAAACAAACUAUCAGGGGCAUCGGAAUGAAGAAAUGGACGGGGACCUGGUAGGGACGAUUUUGUCAAAACAUUUAUUUUCAGGCCAGCUGCUCAGCUUUUAGGGCUGAAUUGUCAUUACUACAAAUUCGGUCGUUCCUUUCAUCUCCGUGUCUGCGACAUCAUCGUCCGGACCGAAAGCUAAGGUUUCCGGAGCAGCGACGGGGCCUCCGGCCCGUUGCGGUGCUGCUGCUCUCAGCAUUUACACCGUUCCCGGUACAAGUGGUCUCACCCCAGCUCUGCUUCCUUCCCCCAUCGCUCCUCCAAACGUCGAAGGAUACGAGACUGUUGAGGAACUCGGAAUGUGAUGAAGCAGCUCCUGGAGAUGCAACGAGCGACCCUCGGCGGUCUCCUACGAGACGGGAGCCAAUCACAGCGAGGGGUCGCUGCCCCGAUAUCCGGGACAAUCUGAUAUCAUGACUAAAUAAUGGCCGAGGGGUUCAGAGCAUGUGCGAGAAGCGUGAUAACAGAGGCGCUCUGUGUCGGAGGCCCACCAAGAACUGUGCGUUGAUAGGUGUAGGUCCCCAGACUGGGGUGGAGCACACAGUUAAGCUCUACACACCUCUCAGGGGAGCUGCAAACAGGGCUCUGCUGACAUCGGGACUCAAACCAACAACCUUCCGUGCAACGUCUCAUUUCUCACCUGCUGCUUCAUGGAGAGACCUGGACGCCGUGUGCGCGUGAUAAGGUGACCCGGCAUGGUGCCGCCGCCGUCCAUUGAAAACACGGCGACCCUCUCCGUGUGACAAUAUUCAAACCUUUAUGAACGGUACUGGAAUCUGCAUUAAUUUCAGUUCAAUAAAAUGUUUUUCACAAGCUCUGCCAUAAACAAUAUUAAUAAGUUGUGUG